AUGGAGCAUCUCCCUGGAUUGUGUGCUCAGAUGCUGUUGGACGGUUUCCCCAUUGAGCUUGUGGAUGGAGAUGCAUCAAAUAUCCCUCUGAAAUGGAUAUCAGCUGUACUGACUCAGCUUCAUACUAUUGUCCAAUCCAACAGCAAGAUCCGGGUGGUCACAGUUUUAGGGGUCCAAAGCACUGGGAAGUCCACUCUCCCAAACACCAUGUUUGGGGUCCAGUAUGCUGUCAGCAGUGGAAGAUGCACCAGAGGGGCCUUCAUGCUACUGAUUAAAGUCAACAAAGAACUCAAGGAGGAGCUGAAAUGUGACUUCAUCAUGGUCAUCGACACAGAGCGGUUGAAAUCACCAGAGCUGGCUCAACUUGAUGAUAGCCAUGAACAUGACAAUGAAUUGGCGACACUAGUAAUAGGACUCAGUGAUGUUACAAUUAUCAACAUUGCCAUGGAGAACUCCACAGAGAUGAAGGAUGUUCUACAGAUUGUUUUUCAUGCUUUUAUCAGGAUGAAGGAAGUGGGGAAGAAGCCAGUAUGUCAUUUUGUGCACCAGAAUGUGUCAGACAUGUCUGCUCAUGACAACAACAUGAGGGACAGGAAGAAGUUGUUGGAACAGUUGAAUGAAAUGACCCUGGCAGCAGCCAGAAUGGAGAAGGAGAAUAUCACCAGGUUCACUGACGUGAUGGAGUAUGAUCCAGACACAAGCAGCUGCUAUAUCCCAGGACUCUGGCAUGGGACUCCCCCUAUGGCUCCAGUCAAUGCUGGAUACAGUGAGGCGGUGUAUGACUUCAAGAAGACCUUGAUGAAAGAUUUCAGAACCUGUCAGAGAAAUGAUGAUUUAACACAUUUCCUGAAGUGGACACAAAGCUUGUGGGAGUCUGUGAAAUUUGAGAAAUUCAUCUUUAGUUUCAGAAACAGAUUGGUUGCAGAAGCAUACUCCAGAUUAUGCUCAGAGUACAAUGGUUGGGAAUGGGCCUUCCAGAAAGAGAUGUAUAAAUGGAUGGUGGGUGCUGAAACUAAAAUGUCCAAUAUUGGCAUGACAAAUCAAUAUUUCCAGAUGUCCAUAAGAGAUGUGCUAAAAGACUUCAUGUUAGAAGCAUCUGAGAAACUGACAUUGGGAGAAAAGGACAUCCAAGACAAUCUAGUAAAAUAGUUUGAAAAAGAAGAUGGCCAUGUCAAUCUUGUGGAAAAAUACAGGGAGGACUUUGUGUCCAGUGCCAAAACACUGAGACGAGAGACAGAAAACACUGUGAAGAACAAACUGCAAGGAGCUGUUGAAAUCAAAGAGGGAAUGACAGAACUGAACAACAUCAAGAGCUCUCAGGCAAGUACAAUUGAGAAAAAGGUACUAGAUUUGCUUCAGAAUUGUAGACAGAAAAAAUCAAAUCUCUCAGAUAAGGCACUCAGUAAAGAGUUUGAAAUCAUGUGGAGAAAAACUCUUUCUGACAUACACUUCAAAGGACUUACUAAGCGAGAUGUUGCCCAAGAUGCCUUUCUCAUGUUGAGGGCAAAUCUGGAAACAAGGAGCAGUCAUGUCAACAGUCUGUUGGUUGGAACCAGACUGGUGGAUUGUGGGAUAAAAGCCUUUGUUGUGGAAUCAGAGAGUUGGUGGCAGCAAACUAAAAACAUAGUAAAGCACUGGGCUCACGACCAUCACAGGAAAAACCUACAAUACUUCUGUGAUGACAUCAUAACACAGUGUCAGGAGUUUAUAAAAGAAAAGGUUAAAGGAAAAUCAGAUUAUCAUGACACUUACAUCAAAGACCUGCUGAACAGGAUUGAUGAAACAUUGCAACGCCACAAGAAUGUUAAAGUCAGUGAGGAAUGUGAAGUUUCUCUGAAGCUACACAUCUGUGGCAGAGCAGCCAGAGAGUUUCAGAAGAUGCAUGAUGAUUUCAUUGAAGUCAAUGACCCAAAGAAGUGUCUGGAAAAGUCUAAGAACAAGUACCUUACUGAGUUCAGAGACGUAUUUCAUAACCGAGACCACUGCCAAAAGAAAGCUGAGGACUUCACAAAGCUCUGUUUGCAGCCAGCUGUACAGGACUAUGUGACCAAAAUGAUUGGUCCUGAUGUGGUUGAUGAAGUGAAGAUUGGUAAAGGGUCAGAGGAUUACAGCACAAGAGGGGCUUUCCAGUUCACCAUUUUGAAACAACUCCUGACAGAUGGAAAAUAUGAGAAAUAUAAAGAGUACAUUAGUCAUUAUGAAAGGUUUGUGAAGGACUGGCUGUUUGACCAGAUUGUCCAACAACAGUCAAAGGACCGCGGUCUGGAGAAAUUGGAGAAGAAACAUCUUUCAGAGAUGGUCAAGAUGAUCACUUACACAAUCUCUAACAUCAGUGAAACUGCUGGCAUAAACAAUUUAAAUGAUGUCAAGACAUUCAUUCAAAACAUCUGCAGCGCCCUUGAAGAGAAGCUGGUCCUCAAGGAUGCUCUGGAUUCCAUCUUGAUUCUGAACACUGCAGAUACAGAACAGUUUGCUGUCUACCUCACAGAGUUUGUGAGAGAAAUGGAGCAGUCACUGGCAGCUGAGUACAAAAAGAGAGGUAACAUCAAAGAGAGACUCAUAUCUCUUCCAUUCAAGCCUCACGACGAGAUGUUCACCAGUCUGUUUGGCUGUGGGAAGUAA